UCUGCUGUAGUAGGCGUGCAUAAUGUGCAUGUACAUGUACAAUACAGUGUACGAUGGUUGUACCGCCAUCGCAUAGAGCACUGUAAUGUGGCGAGAUUGGACAAGUAAUAAGCAGCGCUGGAUUCUCACGACCGCGUGCAUAAUUUUUUUUUUCUUCAACUUAAACCCGCGGCUUGUAUAAUGUCGUGUGUAGGCUCACACACGCACGAAUAGCGGCUAGCCCCAGCUCAUUUGGUAUGAAUUCCUGAUGUACAUUUUCCGGACCGGUGGUUGAACCAACGGGCGCGCGUGUACACGUUCAGUACAUACCGGUACACUACAUGUAGCUAGCGAUUCCGAUCUCCGCUGACUCCAGAUGGAUACGCGAUGGGAUGGUCACGAGGCGUAGAUAGCGGGGCUUCAAUCAUAAUGCAUUCCUGGAUGUAAUUUAACUAUGCUCUGAAUGAAAGGCUUCCUCUACAUGUAUUGCAACAAUGGUGUGGUUCGCGAUAGCUGAUUAUGUGAAUUAACGGACAGACCGACAACCUGUAGGAUUCACUUCUCCGCGUGUGUUUGUGUGUACAUCUUCCAAGACGUUUUUUUUUGUCGGGCGGUGAAAACAAGGCGCACCCGGCGCCUCGUUUUUGUCACUCCCUCCAAAACAAACUCGCGAACAUGUUGAAUUUCUUCCGAAGGAGGAAGAAAACUUCCAGUGGGAAAGCUUCCACGACUCAAUCUCGUCAAACAGUACCUCAGGACGGCGCUGGCACUCAGGCCCAAGCCUCAUCGGAUGGCCCUGCUCAGGCCAGUGAAUCACCGCCGGUUAGUAGUGAGCAGCAGGAGAAACCCAAAGCUUCCCCCGCCACACCCAGUGCCGCACCCCAGACCGAGGAGGCUGAGGAACCCGAGGACACUGCCUCCACUCCCCCGGUGGUCCAGCCUAAAGGACGCCAGCGUCGCGGUGCCUUCAGUGCGGAACCGUUGACUGAGGAGUAUGCUGCUUCCUAUGUUAAGAAGGUGAUCCCCAAAGAUUAUAAGACCAUGGCGGCCUUGUCAAAGUCCAUCGCCAAGAACGUGCUGUUCUCUCAUCUGGACGAGAACGAAAGAAGUGAUAUCUUCGAUGCUAUGUUCCCAGUCAAGCACAGCAAGGACGAAGUCGUUAUCAAGCAAGGGGACGACGGAGACAACUUCUACGUCAUCGAUGACGGUGAAGUGGAUAUCUACGUGGAUAACGUAGGUUUGGUGACAACCAUCGGAGAGGGAGGUAGCUUUGGAGAGUUGGCCCUCAUCUAUGGCACACCCAGAGCUGCCACGGUCAAGGCUAAGGGUGACCUGAAGCUGUGGGGUAUUGACAGAGACAGCUAUCGGCGCAUCCUCAUGGGUAGCACCCUGCGCAAACGCAAGCUGUACGAGACCUUCUUGUCCAAGGUGUCCAUCCUGGAGAGUCUUGACCAAUGGGAACGCCUGACAGUGGCUGAUUCUCUGGAGCCCGUCAAUUUUGAAGAUGGGGAGAAGAUUGUAGUCCAAGGGGAUCCUGGUAACGACUUCUUCAUCAUCGUUGAGGGACAAGCUUCGGUUCUGCAGAGGCGUGAUGAGCAGGAUGAGUUCAUUGAAGUGGCCAAGCUAGGACCCUCGGAUUACUUCGGUGAGAUUGCCCUUGUCCUGAACCGACCCCGUGCUGCCACCGUCAUUGCCCGCGGCUCCCUGAAAUGCGCCAAGCUGGACCGGGAACGCUUCGAGCGUGUCAUGGGUCCCUGCGCCGACAUCCUCAAGCGCAACAUCACCCAGUACAACAGCUUUGUACAGCUUGUCGUGUAGUUCUGUCAUUACCGCCCUCAUUCCCAUGAGACCCAAGCCAACCUUAACUCCUCGCGGAGUAAGUGAGUAGUCCCCAGCUUUCCAUCUAGACAACCACCUCAACAAGCUUGUAUAAACAAAAAAGUUUUGCCCCAAACAGCCGGCCUCGUGUAAUUUGUAAAGGUAUAUUUUUUGUUCUGUUGUGAGUAGUUCCCGGAUAUCCGCUAGAGAAUGACUUUUCGGCUUGGCUGAAGAACUUGAGCUUCAAACAGCCGGUCUUAGGGCGUAAUUUAUCAAACUAUUUUGUUUCUGUUCGGAGGGCUUUAUUUAAUGCAUUUUUGUGUAUAUUGAGUGAUUUGUCUCUGUGACUUGUUUUAUCUCGGUGAUGCUAAGCACCGGUGUGCUACACCUAAUCUGGUCCGGGUUAGAAUCGGUGUAACAGUUGUUUGAACUUCCUUUUUCCGAUCAAUCUGGGAAGUGUGUGUAUCCUGUAAUUUUCAUGAAACCAAGUUUUAACCAUAUGUUGGUGUGUUUUUAGAAAACCAAGGGGCCAACUUCUCAGCUGAGCAGGUUAAGUGUGCUUUGCACACACACAAAAAACAAACAGGUUAUCAACAAAUAUUUAGUUCCAGGCUGAUUUUUAUGGAACUUGUUAUUAUGCUGAGCAGUAUUCCUGCUAAACAGCUUUGUGAAACUGGGCUCAAGUUUCAUCAAAUGAAAUAUCAGAUUUCAGUCAUAAUUAAGUGGUUUUUUUUCAACAGUGAAAAGGCAGCACUUUGCUGUGAGAUAGGGGACACUUAAGUGCCGUUGUAACAGCAUGCGCCAAAUAUUCGGUGAAUUCUUUUACAUGAAAACAUUAUUGUUAGGACAAUUUUGAUCAAGUUGUGGGGACUUCUGAUUGUCCCCACAUGGUUUUUAGUCCUUACAAAACCUAUUGUACAUGUUCAUUUGCACAACCAGUGUCUAGUCCCCACAACUACAGAACAAUCACUUGGGCUUGUGAACAUUGAGCAGCUAGUGUGUGUCCCAUCUUGCUUCUCAUGAGAAGGCCACACUGUCCCCUGCACAGUUCCUGCAUAGAAUCCACGCAAACAUUACAUCAGCAUCUAUAACAUACUUUUGCACUUUUGAAUUUAAGUGCAGGACACACUCAACGAUUCAAGCAACAACAUUUUCAUCUCUGUACAUCUGUCUGUUUUUCUGAAUUGGAGUUGGAGUUUCGUCAAACUUGCUUAGCCUCAUUUAGAGGCUACUUUUUGAAGGCUCUAGGAAUUAACGCUGUGAUCGUAGAUCAUCGUACCAGCAUUUUAAGGAAUGGUUUUACGAGAGGCUCAAAAUGCUUCACAUGCUAUCACAAUUCCAUAACGUAUGUUUCUCCUCUGCAUUCAUUUCAGUCUGUUGUGUGUUCGUUGUGUCGCUAUAAGCUUACGGUUUAGAAUUAGCUUAAUUAAGCAACAGCUGUAAAAAGGACAGGUGUCUGUAUGUUAAAUGUGGCUGUUAUCCACGACCACAGUUUUGUAUUGUUAUUAUCAAUUUGCCUACAAAGGUUGACACAGUGAAGUCCUUUGCCAAAAGUUGCUGGCACUUUGUCUGUAGCGGGAUUCGAACCCACAUCCUCGAAAGCCUCAACCAUCAAAGGCGCAAAAUACGGCGUCCUUAAGACACAACGCUCCUUGAAUGGCAAAUGGUCUCCUUUUUGUUUUCACCUUCGUGAAGUUAUUUUACAAGUGCAUCUCGUCCAGUGUAAGGUGUGGUCAAAGAGAGCAUAGUCAAACACAAGUAGGCAUGGAGGUUAACCGCUGAAUUUGUGUCAAUUACUAGGAAUAUAAAAACUACCUGUACAACCAAGCUGCCUCAUUUUGCCUUUGCAAAACUACAAAGGAAAGCGCAUUGAAUUCUAAAUAAAGUGAAUAUUUAGAGGUGAAAAUUCGAUUUGAAAAUUUAAAAUAACAAACGUGUUUUAACUCUUAUCAUUAUUGAAGUGGCUGUUACGGUGUGUAAUAGUGCUUGUACAGGUCUGCCCUCCGGCGUUUUGUUUCUUUGAUAUCUGUCUGUUACUGUUUUUGUGUUACAAAGGGGAGAGGCAAGAAUUUGGGCCCGGUUUAUUUUUAAUGCCUGGCCAGAGAGAAGGAAAUUUUACUAUAAGGCUUUAUGGAUCACUUUUAAAUGUUUAUAAUACAUGUAUGUCACCAUGAAGUAAAGAUGUUUAACAGUCGUUUCUGCGUGUAUAAAUGUUCAUUUUUUUUUAAAAGAUUUUUGUUUGUCUGUUGGAGUACCAUUCAAUGUGACACACGACGAUAGCGUGGAAUAUAAAAGACACAACAAAAGAGAUAAGUAGUGUAAUUUGUAGAUGCCUUAAACACGGUUCGGGAAUAGAUUCAACAGUAUUUUAUAAGUUUUCUCUUGUUAAAGUAUAAAGAUUGUAGGUAACACCAUGUGGAAAGUAAUCUCUUUUUGGAAGAAGGGUGGUUCUGAAAAGAACCGGUUGUUUGAGUGUAGAACUCUGCAACCGGUUGGAGAACCACACUUCUUCCAAGAAGAGAUUACUUUCCACAUGGUGUUUACCUGCAAUCUUUCUACUUUUAUCUCAUCCACCAUGCAAAGCUUCAAGUCAUAUAUUGUUACCUUUUUGUUGGGUUUCCUCGUCUUAAAUUUACUAUGACUCUGUCACUGAUAGAUCAGCCAAGUAUGUUACUAACAUUGUGAUAUAUUUUAAUACUAAUCAGACGACCGACUCAAUUUAGCCACCGAUUGGCUAUUUUCAGCAUCACUUCCAUAAGGUUGGGGCUAAUUGGCCGAUUGUUUUUUUUUUUUUUUAAAGUUAGUCAUCGUGUCUCCAUGGCAGUAGGUGCAAAGGACAUUGACCCUGAAAGAAAUACCACUGGGAAACGACACUUACUCGGAGACUAUUUAAAAAAAAUAAAUUACAUGUUUACCUUGUUACUAAAGUCAGUAUUCAUAGUUAUUAAAAGUUAUAUAUUGUACAUUGAUUGGUGUGCACGGUAGUUCAAAAAAAAAAAUUAAAAAGUGGAUUCUAUACAUGUUCAAAAUUGUUAAAUAAAUGGAGACGGAAGUGCGACAUGCAUAUGUAUGGGUAGUAAUAGCUGCUUUUAGAAAGCUAAGACCAAAUAUAUCUGGAAAUGAUAGAAAUUGACUAUUUUUUGUUUGGUUUUAAUUUAACGUUGGUAUCUAAAAACAUUGUCUGGGUGAAACUAGUUUUUGGAUAAAGAUGUUUAUGAAAGAUAGAACCGUGUAAAGUGUGACAAUAAAUGUCUGUAGACCACAGGAAAACAUUCUUUCUCGACUAAAACAAAGAAGAUAUUUGGGUCAAAAUCGUGUUCACCGUAUGUUUCUGCUCUGCAUUCAGUGUAUUUUCAGUGGACUGGUGUGUAGAAUGGUUUCUUAUCAACAACUGUCCGGAAAAUAGAUUUUUCUGUGAAGAAUUUUUUUUUUCAAUUUCAUUGUCUCAUAGUAAAAGAAAACAUCAGUUUACAAAGAAGACUUUUCUUGUGGCCUUGAGAUUCCUUGAUAAAAUAUCAAGCUUGAUUAAUUUCGUAGUUUAUUAAUUUUGAAAUACGGGAAUCUGGUGAGAUCGAGAAUGUUGACCGAUGCUUGAAGGUUUUGAGCGAUCGUUAACCCCUCCAUCUAGCGCCCUCUAUUGGCGUCUUAAGCAGUUCAAACAAUGCCAAUGGAGCCAGUCAAACUCUCUUCUAGUCUUGGCCCGAGACGUUCUUAGUUGGGUAGUUCACGUUAGACGCUACAGCCUUGCAUGUCCCCACUCGAGAACCUGACUCGGUUGGCAAACCGCACGCAAUUAGCAUGUGAUCAAGGGCUCCCAUUGCGGCGAUGAAUCGCCCGUGCCGUGCUGAAACAUCGCACCGCUGACGACGGCUUGGAACCACGACUAUUAUUAACUCUCCUCGCGUCGUUUGUGCGCGUAUGCAUCGAGCGUGAAUGCGAAUUCAGAACGAGAUAUCGUUAUGUAGUUUUGAAGGGCAACACGACUGAUCAUAAGCCUAUAAAGAAUCCGCCGUUAGCAAUGCUACACAGUAGUUGAUUUUUAAUACUUCAAGUAAUAUGCUGUGAAAAAAGUCGCUUAUCCCGUUUUUGAACUUUUUAUGUAUUAAUGGCAGGCUCAUAGUACAGAUUAUUUAUUGUUUGUCAUUUAAAUAUUGUCUAUCGACAAGUUUUAUUUUAAAAAAUUUCUGAAUCAUCCAAGACCAAGAUUGUGUUGGACUGAAAAUAACAGUGUUUGUCCCAUUGUCAAAUAAAGGUUAAUUCCACCAAUA